GAGGCAGUGAGAGAUUUUACUUUCUUGGGCUCCUUGAUCACUGCAGAUGGUGACAGCAGUCACGAAAUUAAAAGACGCCUGCUUCUUGGGAGAAAAGCAAUGACAAACCUAGACAGCAUCUUAAAAAGCAGAGACAUCACUUUGCUGACAAAGGUCCGUAUAGUUAAAGCUAUGGUUUUCCCAGUAGUGAUGUAUGGAAGUGAGAGCUGGACCAUAAAGAAGGCUGAUCGUCGAAGAAUUGAUGCUUUUGAAUUAUGGUGCUGGAGGAGACUCUUGAGAGUCCCAUGGACUGCUAGAAGAUCAAACCUAUCCAUUCUUAAGGAAAUCAGCCCUGAGUGCUCCCUGGAAGGACAGAUCGUGAAGCUGAGGCUCCAAUACUUUGGCCACCUCAUGAGAAGAGAAGAAUCCUUGGAAAAGACCCUGAUGUUGGGAAAGAUUGAGGGCACUAGGAGAAGGGGACGACAGAGGACAAGAUGGUUGGACAGUGUUCUCGAAGCUACGAACAUGAGUUUGACCAAACUGCGGGAGGCAGUGCAAGACAGGAGUGCCUGGCGUGCUAUGGUCCAUGGGGUCACGAAGAGUCGGACACGACUAAACGACUAAACAACAACAAGCAGAAGGUGGUGCAGAAAGAGAGAGAGUCCAUCAACACGCAUAAUGAUUUGCUACAGUCCAGUAUAUAUAUUUACCUAAGAGUAGUUUUACAUACUAUUAGAAGCAGCCAAGAAUAAGCCACCUACAAAUGUGGAACUCAGUUGCCAAAACUACUUUUUGAUAUAUGUGCAGGAACUAUGUAGGAGGAAUUGUGACAAGGUGUGUGGGUUUCACAACAUGGCCACCACAAUUCUGAAACUGGGACAUGACCGCUAAGUUUUUUUGUAGUUCAGUAAUUUGCAUGCUCUGCCCAAUUUUAAAAGUGGCAAUAUUGUUCUCACCAGCAGGCCUUACUCUGGCCAGCUCUCUGCUGCUCGUGUAUCUUUUCCAGAAGGUAAUUCAGUAAGGGACUCACGUACUGUACUGGUGUUCAAGGUCAGGCUAUGCUAAAAUUAUGUGUUAUGAAAGGGGGGGGGAAAUGAAAAUAUUUUAAACAUUAAAUGGUGGGAAACAGUCUUUAAAAAUGAAAUAAACUAACUUAACAGACCACAUACAUCAGAUGUGAGGAAAUAUACAAGGUCUCGUGGGCAAAACAUGGGAGGUGGAGUAAGCAUGUUGCAUAGCAAAGAGUGAUGAAUGACAAGUUAGAUUUCAGUUCGUGUUUGAAGACACUAUAUUUUAAUAUGCUAGUUGUGAUAAUUUUAUGCCCAUUAAAAUUGUCCAUAGUUAUAUUUUAUGUUUCUAAAGUAACAGAAUGACUUUCAAUCUGGAAAAGAAAAAAGAAGUGCUAAUGUAGCAUUUUUUUCAAUUUUUCCAAAAAAUUCCGUUUUUUCCCAAUAAAACCGGGGUGUUUUUUUCCAAGCUUCAAAAUUUCCGGAAAUUUUACAUCUCUGAUAGUGCCCCUCAUUUCCUUAGACAUACCAGGGGUGGAACAGCAAGUGCAGAUGCUACCUAAAAUGAUGCCUUAUUACUGGAUUAUAACUUCAAGCAGGAAAAAAAACAACCCCAAAAUUAUUAGUUUCUGGAACUUUGGAACAAUUGUUCAUGCAAGCCAAUAUGAUUUAGUUCCUCCCCUCCCAGGCAUUAGUUUGAAAGUCUGAAAACACAGGUAAGUACAUCUUUUGUUUCUACCAGCCUUCAAAGGGAGCAACAAUACAGGACUUGUGUGGAGUAUUUAUGGGUGGGAGGACAAGCAGUUAGCUUUAGAUCUAUAAUUGGUAGCAUCUAGUAACUAGCAGCCAAGACACCCUACCGUGUUUCUCCGAAAAUAAGACACCGUCUUAUAUUUAUUUUUCCUUUAAAAAAACCACACAGUGGCUUAUUUUCAGGGGAUGCCUUAUUUUUUAUUACGCAUCCAGCCUCGCCUCUUCCUUGGGGCCCUCCAGAACUGCGCCUAUCACUAUGUCUUAUUUUCGGGGUAUGGCUUAUAUUGCGCAAAUGCUUAGAAAUCCUGCUGUGUUCUUCCCAUUCUUCCAUUGCUCGCUCCAUGAUGUCCAGUUCAUUGCCAUUUACAUUAUUAUUAAUUAUUUUCAUCAUGUGUAUCAAGAUCACAUAAGGUCAGACUCAGUCAACCUCUGACUUGAUGCAUACCUAUGGGGAGAGGCAUCAAGGUCAUAUCUGUGACUGCAGCAUGCUCAAGAUGCCUAUACAUCUGAACAUGCAUGUUCAUCUCAUCCAUAUUAAGGUGUAAGAGCACAGGCUUUCUUUGAAAAUGACACCUUGAACACAGAAAGAGCUGGAUGGGAGCCAGUGGGCACAACUGCAGCCCCACCUCCAUGCACUAAUUUCCAUGUGGAAAUGAAUGAAGGCAGAGGACUAAACUUCACUGCGCAAUGAAAUCCUCUGAAUUUCAUGAAUACAUGAGCAUUUAAUGAAUGCGCACAUGUGCACACACACCUUCAAAAUAUGUAGUAUGAUUGCCCCCUCCAUCCUAGCAAGUUCUCUGUCUUAGAUAGGGAUCCCCUUUCAGGUUCUACAUUAGGUGCUAUAGUAUACAUCAGGCAUCCCCAAACUGCAGCCCUCCAGAUGUUCUGGCCUACAACUCCCAUGAUCCCUAGCUAACAGGACCAGUGGUCAGGGAAGAUGGGAAUUGUAGUCCAAAACAUCUGGAGGGCCGAAGUCUGGGGAUGUCUGGUAUACAUUAUACCUAACAAUUGUUACUCUGUUUUGUUUUGUUGACUUUUUUUAUAGGGAUGGACAAAACUCUCAAUUUUUGUUCUCGUUUUUUCAGUCUUCAGUUCUCCACAUUUCCACUGCAAUUUGCAUUUUUUUAAAAAAAAAUACCCAUAAAAUUUGUCAACAUUUUAAUGCAAAUUUCUCCUAAUAAAUGUAUGUGGGUAUGCUGUUUUGACUAACAAACACAUUUUUGGUGAGCACUUUACCAGAAUGUUUGCAUUUUUCAUGAAUAGAAGUGUUUAUAUGCACCCUUUACCCUGGGACGUGGGUGGCGCUGUGGUGUAAACCACUGAACCUUGAGCUUGCUGAUCGGAAGGUCAGCGGUUUGAAUCCCUGUGACGGGGUGAGCUCCCGUGUACAGUCCCAGCUCCUGCCAACCUAGCAGUUCGAAAGCACGUCAAAGUGCUUUCGGCGGGAAGGUAAACAGCAUUUCCGUGCGUUCCUCUGGUUCGCCAGAAUCAGCUUAGUCAUGCUGGCCACAUGACCCGGAAGUUGUACGCCGGCUCCCUCGGCCAAAGGAGCAAGAUGAACACCGCAACGCCAGAGUCGUUCGCAACUGGACUUAACUGUCAGGGGUCCUUUACCUUUACCUUUUUAUGAGGUUUUGAACACAUUACUCAACCAGAGAACUGCAUUGUGAAAGCGCAAAUGUGUGUGGAAGGGGCAGGGCAGAGGCGACUCAAAAUCUGACUGGCCCCACUGCUGUCACAUGACAGCAUCUGGCCCAAUCCAGGCUGGCACAACCAUCUGCCUGCCCCUGCCUUGUACCCUGCCCAUUGUGUGUGGCAGGGCAGUAGAUACAGCAGUGGCCCCACCACUCCCUAAAGCCUUGCCAUGCUAUGGGCGGUAGCGUGGAUUUAGGAUUACUUUCUAAAUAUUCCAGUGGUGGAAAUAUUACAAAAUAGAGACAACAACCUCUGGAAACUCUUCUGCGUUGAUGGUAGCUACCACUGUCUUCGAAAACAAUACACAGCUGGGCAAAGGAUCAGUUCAGAUAGCUCAGUAUGAGACUCUUAGGAUCCAAGGUUUGAACCCGACGUUGGGUGAAAGAUUCCUGAAUUGCAGGAGGUUGGACUAGAUGGCUCUCAUGGUCUCCUCCAACUUUGCAGUUCUAUGUCUCAUGCCUUAUUUCAUACUUGGUGUCACAAGUUGCCCUAGAUCCAGCUUGUCCUUAUCCAAGAAAAAACCUCUGCAUGUAGUUCAAGCUCAGCUAUGCAUUAGAACAAGAACAAAAAAAACAAAACAAAAACCAACCAACUUAAUUGAGAUUUCAAAUGCUGUCAGGGUUUUCCUAAAGCAGUUCUUAUAAACAUCCCACAGGAGAACAUCCAAAAUUAACCGUCCUACAGAGAUCACACGAGGCUGGAACAAAGGCUGGCAUUUCAGAAGCAGCGUAUCUGUUUCUUUCUCCAGAGCUAAACUAAUCACCUGGAGGCUUUUAUUUUAGAUUUCUCCUAUCUUGUUUUGUUGAAAAAGUAAUAAUGUUGCAGAGAGUGAUGUUUUUUAUGCAAAGUAGCUUAAUUCUGCACAAUCAUACUCUUUUCAGAUGAUCCCAAUUACAGCUCAAGCUUCAAUUCACCCUCUUAAUCCCCUAAAAAUGCAUUUAUCAUGCUAGUUGGUGUUUUCUAGUCAUUUGUGCAGAGGCUUGCUUUGUGUUUUUUAUUCUCUGUCAUCCUUUUACACUCCUCCUCCUCUGUUCCUAAAACAGGAUAAGCUUCAUAAAAUGCUUUUUAAAAAUGUUAAUAAAAUGUCUGAGCCCAGUUAUUGAUCUAUGUUACAGUGAUACAGAGCCAGAAUAGUUCACAUCAAGCCUAAAUUACACUCCUGGUUCAGAAUCAGACUUAGCCAUUCUCCCUUGCCUGAAAUAUGUGUAGGAGGAUCAGCUUGGCAACCUACGAGUUAACAAGGCAGCACGUGUUAAGUUGAGCUAAGUGAGUAAUGCACCUAGUUAAAGUUUUCGACUUGGCUGCAAUUUGGGGAGUAAAAGAAAGGGAAAGAGCCAGAUCAGAAGCUGUUAUUUCACAAGCUGAGCUCAUUUUAAAGAGGGUCAUGAACACAAGUUGUGAAAGGUGCCAAACAGGUUGAGUCACUUUUUCUGCUGUGGGAGGAAUACUGAUUUCUCAGGCUGGCUUUGGAUGAUUAAGUCAGCUAAGAAGAGGCAAGAGACAAAAACUGCCAGUCUCCUCAAGUCAAGCGAGGCUCUUUUACUCCCAGGAUGGCAGUUUUCGGAUCCUAACAAUUGCAAGCGUCCUUCCUGAAGCAACGUAUUUGGUCACGGCAAACAUCAUGUGGAGUUUCCUGGCUCUGCUUUGAAAUUGGAUUUCUUCAUUGAAAAGGGGGGGGGAGAAGGAGUAUGGAUGAUUCGGCCUUUUUUGACAUGCUAGAAUGCCCAGUGUGCCUGGAGAAGCUGGACGUCUCGGCCAAAGUACUCCCCUGUCAGCACACCUUCUGCAAACCUUGCCUCCAGAGGAUCUUGAAGUCACACAAGGAGCUUCGGUGCCCUGAAUGCCGAGCCCUGGUCCUCUGCAGCAUUGAGGAGCUUCCAGCCAACUUGCUUUUGAUCCGCUUGUUGGAUGGAAUCAGAUUUGGACCCAACAGGAUGAAGUUUGGCUCGCUGCAAAGAUCUGGGGUCCUCUCCUCUCCUGCCUCCAUCAGGAGAUUCCAGGGAGAGCCGAGAGCUGUGCAACUCAAUCAAUUCAGGCUGACUGCCAGUCCCAGGAUCCCUAUGGAAGGGGUUCCCCAGGCUAAAGCCUUGUACAGCUACAGAGGGCACAACCCCGGAGAACUGAGGUUCAACAAAGGUGACACCAUUAUAUUGCACCGUCAGCUGGAUGAAAACUGGUACCUAGGAGAGAUCAAUGGGGUCAGUGGAGUUUUCCCAACAAACUCAGUGCAAGUUACCAAACAGCUGCCACAGCCACUCCCCCUGUGCAGAGCACUUUACAACUUUGAUCUGAAGUCCAGGAACAGAAAUGAAAAAACAGAAUGUCUGCCAUUUCAUAAGGGUGAUAUAAUUACUGUCAUCAGCCGGGUGGAUGAGAACUGGGCAGAGGGCAAGUUAGGCGACAGAACUGGAAUUUUCCCCAUCUUGUUUGUGGAGCCAAAUACGACAGCACGGCAACUUCUUCAGACAAGCAAAAGUCACCAGUCCUCCCAGCUGAAAUAUGGUUCUCCUUUGCGGAAAUCCUUGCCCAGAACAAAGGGCACAGAGUCGCCCACUUUCUCCGAAUCUAGAAGGAAAAGUGUGAAGCAAUUCUCUAUCACAACAGCCUUAAAUACGCUCAACAGGAUGGUCCAUUCACCCAUGGGACGGCAGACUCUAGACAUCAGCUCUCCUGUGCUCAUCAGCUCCAGCAACCCCUCAGUGACAACCCAGAACCAUGAGAAAAUAGAAUUCCCAUACAGCACACCUGUUCAGGUCAGCACUUCCUAUUACUCGGCCCCUGGGCCCCUGGGGCAGCCGACAGCCAUUGUCACUCUGCCUCAUUUACAGCAACACCUGCCGGUGAAUAUGUGUGUUGCUCUGCACUCCUACACAGCUCACAGUCCAGACGAACUAGAGUUGCAAAAAGGAGAAGGUAUCCGUGUUUUGGGAAAAUACCAUGAAGGCUGGCUAAAAGGAAUGUCGCUGGUUACAGGAAAGGUUGGAAUCUUCCCCAGCAAUUACGUCGCUCCACUUUUCAGGAAGUCCUCAAGCUUCCCUGAUUCAAGGAUGCCUUCCCUCUAUGCGACUUGGACAUUAUCCACUUCCUCACUUUCCUCCCAGGGAAGCAUCUCAGAGAAGGGCCCAAGGCAAAGCAGACCUUUGAAAUCUGCCUUCAUGCCCACAUCUUUGGCCUCACCUGUGAGGAAUGUCUCUGUGCCAAGCACCUCAGGGCACACAACUCCACAGAGGAGAGGACGCGGCAGCAGUAGGAAGAAUGGAUCUUUACAGAAACCUUUGCAACCAGGCGCUCUUAUUCCAUUUGUCAACUCCCUCAGGCGAACUCCUGCCACCCAAACACGAGUGCAACAAUCUCAACCAUAUCAACAUAUCUCCUCUCUGCCCCGAGGGAUUGGCACGGCUGACACAGGAAGCAGGCCGAAUUCCUCCCAUGAUUCUUCAUUCAUAUUAGUGCCCCGAAGCGGGAAUAGCCGAGCUCCUUCUGUGUGUAGCUCAGUAAUACUGGACACCAAGGAAUUGCCUACAAAAAACGAGUCAGCUCUAAAGCCACCUGCAUCGGCUCCACCCUCCAUUCUGGUGAAGCCAGACACGUCCAGGAACACCACUGAGAAGCAAGUGAAAACUGUGAGAUUUCAGAACUCCAGCCCACCACCAUCCAAGAGGCACAGCUCCCUACCUUUACCGACCCUCCCCAGUGGUAAACUUGAGCAGGGAGGGGUCACAGAAGCACCCAAGAGCCCUGAGAUAUCAGCUCUCUACUCCCACAUUAUCAUCGCUAGUCCAGCUUCUCAGAGGAGGAUGUCCCAUCCCAAGACCUCAUCACUGGACCUUUCUGGCCAAGCAGGCCACCUGACCUUUCCUACAAAAAAACAUUACAAUAGUAUCUCUGAAAACAGAGACGGGUAAACGUAGUUUAGAUUGCUUACAGAGAAGAAUGACAACAAAUGUCCAAAGUGAAGCUAACAACAGCCACCGCGUAUGCCAUAGAUCUCAGGUCCAAUCUGUCAACACAAAUUUAAGUCUCGUAGAAGAGCUGGGCUUCUUUCAGGCACCUGCACCACUGCUGGCGAUGUAGUGAAUUGAAUGCCAUUCCCCCCCCCCCCAAUAUUGGACAGAAGCGUCUUUUUUGAGUGGCUUUCAUCUGCAACUCAAGCUGCAAGCGUGCAUCAUGGAUGUGUUGUUCUCCAUAUGCAAAGACUAUCACAAAAUUAAUUCCAUUGCCACAAGUAGAUAAAAAAUAUGAUGGAGAGGGGAAUAGAUUGUGAGUAUGGCAGGCUAUUCAAAAGACAAACUUCUAAGAAAGGUUCAGCACUGUACAAUGCAAUUGGAAAAGCAAACCUGUCAGAAAAAGACUUCUUCUCUAUACCCUUACCUUCUCUGUACUUUGGUUUUCUUAAUUUUAUAGUGGAUGAAACCGCUUCCUAUCUCCACCCACCCCCAGCUCUGGCUCAGUUAUCAAAUUCUCCUUAUAUUUUGUUUAGCUUCGCAGUAUGCAUUUAAAGUAUGUGGAGAUAAUUUAUAUUAAGCAUUGAAGAAGAUUUUCUUUUAUUUUUUAGAAAUAUAAAAUGUUCCCCAGCUUCAUCAGUAGUAAAUCAAGGGAGAUAAUGAAACACAAUCCAUUAACCGCAUAUUCCUAACCAUGAAUUUUGGAUCCUGCUUCCAUGGGAUUGGCUGACUGAUUCUAGUGUGCAUUGCACCAAGCAUAGCUAGUAACCCUAUGGUUCAAAACCAAAACUAAUUCCAAGUUAUCAAAAACAAACAAAACAAAUUCACAAAUAUGCUUUAAGAUAUGAGAAACUCAUCCUGAAAACCUAGGAAGGAAGGUGCAUGGUUUAAGGUUGAAAUCCUACCCACAGUUACUUGGGACAAAGCCUCAUUAGAAGCAAUGGGAUUUACAUGAGAGAAAACUAGCAUACAAGCAGGCUACACAGGUAAGCAUCCCAUCUUGUCACAGGUAAGCAUCCCAGUUGACCUGGAAGUGGACUAGGGGUGGAGGACAACUUCAUUUGGUUCACAUUUAAAACUAAAACUAAUUUGCACCUGCCAGACUAACACACAGAUUGGAACAUAAUUAUUCUUAGGAUUCUCAACUCAAAUACACACACACACACACACACACACACACACACACACACAUAUACAUAUACAGAAAUGAUUUUUUUAAAUGUACGGUUUAUUAGAAAUUCACACAUAGAAAAAAAUCAAGUAUCCAAGUAUGUAUACGUAUUUCCAGUGCUUUUUUUCUUUAAAAAUGUUUAGGGGUACUCUCAUUUUGACUCAAGAAAACCACCAUUUUAUUUUAUUUAUUAAAAAUAAAUACAGUGAAUGGACAAAAGUACAAAGAUUCACAAAAUGUUUAGGGGUAUGCGUACCCCUGCAUGACCCCAGAAAAAAGCACUCUGUUUUGAAAAUAAGACAUAGUGAUAGGUGCAGCAGCAAUGCCGGCCACGGCAGGAGGAGGGAAAAAAUAAGACAUCCCUUGAAAAUAAGCCAUAGUGUAUUUUUUUGAGGAAAAAAUAAAUAUAAGACGUGUCUUAUAAUAUGAGAAACACGGUAUUUAUUUAAAUCCAAGUUUUUGUACAAUCGUUUUUUUAAAAAAAAAAUCCGAUUGUUGCAAAAUGGAACAGAAGAGACUUAUGAAUGAACACAUUUGAAAUUGACAUGGAUUGAAAAUGGAUUGGUCCAUCCAUCCCAUUUUCCAUUCAGCAUCCACCUAGGUCCUCCUGAUCUGUAGCCACUCCUCUGCCUGCCUUCCAUCUUUACCCACAGGCAGCAGCAUGAUGCUACUGGAAGAGGAGCCAGUUCCACCCCGCAGAAGGCCCUCCUUUUCCUCAGGCCCACCUGCUUACCUUAUCAGCAGGCCUCACCCACAGUGCUUGCUUACUCCCAGCCUCUCUCGAUCUCUCUGGCUAGCUGGCCUCAGCAAUAAGCAGAAUCAGAAAUGCCAUAUCAUUUUAACCAAGCUACGACUGAUGUUUAGAAUAGUGCUCUGUGAUAGAACAUUGUUUAUUUUCUUCCCACUGCUAGUUCAAAAGCCACGCAUUCCGGCCAAAGCAAGGGAGCAUGAGAUUUUGUGAUGGAAGCUGCUGUGUCAUUUCAAUAAAAGGUUGGGAGCUGA